AUGCGGAGAAAGAGUUCCACCUCUAAUGAACCUCCGAGUAAUGGAGAAGCCGAAGAACAGACUUGGGAUUGGGAAAAUGAAUCGGUUCCUUUGAGGGAUAAGGGCAAGAAGUUAAAAUUUAUCAAACCUAAUGACAAACACAGUGCCAAUGAAGGAGAAACUGCUUUCAUCUUUUUCGAUGUGGAAGGCACACCUGCACCUAAAGUACAAUUUUUCAAGGGUUUCAAGGACUUGAAUGUAGAGCCUCGCUACAAGAGCUGGACCAAUGGAGGGGAUGGGCACAACCAAGUUAUCCUCGGAAUUCGAGAAUGUCGCCAAGAAGAGGAAGGAGGCUACCGAUGUGUCCUCACAAGCACACAAGGAGAAAUUGACUUUGAAUUCAAGUUCUUCGUUACCGUUGAAGGUGGGAUGGACUUUCGAGCCAUGCUACUGAAGCGGAAAGUGAAGCAAAAGAAGGUUAUUGUCAAGACCAUUGAAUGGAUAGAGAAACCCGUGGACCUUCAGGUUCAAGAGGGGAAAUGUGAAUCUGCUACCUUCACUGCUCGAUUAUCAGAGAAAGAGAAAAAAGGAAAGUGGUACUAUAGGAGCAAUGACUCGUACAAAGACCUCCGUUCAACUGAAUAUGGAUUGGAACUGUAUAAAGAAGAUGCCCACAAAUACCAAUGGACACAAAAAGGGGAUACUUACAACUUGACGAUCUUGAAUCCAACCGUAAAAGAUCAAGGGCGCUAUAAUUUGGUCGUUAAAAUCGAUAAGGACCAUUACUUCUGUGGUGGAACUUUGGAUGUGAAAGAUGCGGAUCCGGAAUUCUAUUUCGUUAAGAAGUUUAAAGAAGAGCUAACAGGAUUUACGAACCGAUCAAUCAAGCUAUCUUGUCAAUUGAACUACGGAGGAGCUAAGCUGAAAUGGAUGAAAGAUGGCAAACCCAUCUCUUUUGCGGACAGUAGAUACCAGCUCUUGAUGGAGGAAGACCGCACUCAACUUACCAUAAGAAAAUGCAAAUUGGAAGAUGCUGGCAGAUAUUCAUGCGAAAUUCAACAAUUCGUCAAAGAUGGAGAGGAAUCUGAAAUCAUCUGCAAUUUAAACAUCGAGGAAUAUCCUCACAAGUUCACCAGCAAGUUGAAGAGUAAGAAUGUGGUUGAACAUCAGGAGGCCGCCUUUGAGAUCAAUUGCGAAGCUGAUGAUUGUGAGGUGGCUUGGUAUCAAAACGGAAAGAAGAUCACUCCUGAUGAUAAAAGGGUUCAAAUCAUAUCGGAUGGACUGAAGCGUAAGCUUGUUUUCAAAGAUACCCUUCUCCUGGAUGCGGGUGAAAUCACCGUGGAAUCAAUCAUGGAUAAAGCCAGUUGCCAUCUGAAAGUGGCGCAUGCAAAUAGGUUCAUUACUGGCCUCCCACUGUCAACUGACGUCAUCGAAAGAGAGGCAGCCUCAUUCACAAUUGAAGUGAAAGAUCCAGAUGCCCCGGUGGAAUUUUUCAUUGCAGGUCAAAAAAUUGCAGGAAACGACAGUCGGGUUGAGAUCAAGAAAUUGGAAAAAGGCCGUCAUCAGUUGAUUGUGAACAAGAUUUCAAUGCUGGAUGAUGGUGUAAUUGAGGCCCGUACUCCAUCUAAUUAUGGCGAUGAAAUGCUCUCAACCACGUGUACUUUCCACGUGGCCAAAGGCGAGGAGAGGCCUGAAAUUGGACGAGUUGGACCAGUUGUUGGAGUGGCCAAUAAGCAUUGCAAUUGGGAUGUCCCCUUCCAAGUGGAUGGUACCCAACAAAGUGAGCUAGAAGUGAUUGUCAUGAAAGAUGGAAAAGAGCUUCGAGUGGGACAAGACAUCAAUCUGAACCUGCAGGAUGGCAACAUCAGCCUUUCAGUCAACAAUCCAAAGCGGGAGAAAUCGGGUAUUUAUACCGUCAUUCUGAGGAAUGGGCAAGGCGAAGACAGUCGGGACAUCGAAGUCAAUAUCAUGGAUAAACCCACCCCACCGGAACAAUGCACGGUAACCGACGUGUUCCAUGACAAUUGUGUGGUUCAUUGGGCUCCCCCGGUGGAUGACGGGGGUACUGAAAUUAAGAACUACGUGAUCGAGGCCAUGGAUGUGAGUGCUGGAGGUCAAUGGAAGACUUGUGCUAAGACCCACACCGGAGGAGAACGACAAAUCAAAUGUGAAGGCCUGGAAAACAAGCAUAAGUAUCGAUUCCGAGUGAGGGCCCUUAAUAAGAUCGGCCCAUCAGAUGCGUGCGAAAUGCUUGGCGCUGAUAUUCUUAUCAAGGAUCCCUGGGAUGAACCUGACAAACCAGGUACACCUCAGAUCAAGGACUGGGGCCCCGAUCACUGUGAUUUGGCUUGGGACCCUCCAGAAAGUGAUGGAGGAGCGGAAAUCACCCACUACGAAAUUGAAUACAUGGAGAAGAACAUGGGUCUUUGGCAAACGGGAAAGGUCUUGACAGUGGAUCAGGUCAAGAACAUGGGCGGUAUGAUUCAUGGCACCUGUGACGGCCUAAUUGAAGGAUGUGAAUACCAAUUCCGAAUAAAGGCAAUCAACAAGGGUGGUCCAUCCCUUCCGUCAGACCCAUCAGAGUCAAUAAUUGCCAAAACGAGAUUCUUGAAACCAUUCCUCCAUCAACCCGGCAUGUACGACAUUACCAUCAAGAAAGGUCGGACAUUCCGUUAUGACAUUUGGUACGGGGGUGAACCUCCUCCAACCGUUGUUUGGGAGCGCAAUGGAGUGGUCUUGAAGUCCGAUGAUCGCAUUGCUAUCGAAAAUUUCGGCAAAAAGACCGUAUAUUGCGAGAGAAACACCGUAGUCACCGUCACUAAAUCUGAGCGCGCAACCGACGCCGGUCAUUAUAAGAUCCGCCUGAUUUGUGAAGGAGGCACUUUUGAAGCUACUGGAUUCGUGAAUGUCCUGGAUGUGCCGGAAAAGCCGAGGAAUCUCAGACCGGAUGAGGUCCGAGCCGAACACAUCAAAUUGUCUUGGGCCCCACCGGAAGAUGACGGAGGCUCACCAAUCACAGGUUAUCAAGUUCGAAUGGUCGAUGUGGAAGGAAGUGGUGAAUGGAUCAGCGUGGCUGAGACAACGGGAAAUACCACCAAUGCUAUGAUAAAAGGACUCAAGCCUGGGCAUCUUUAUCAGUUUGAAGUGUACGCUAUUAACAAGGAAGGCUUGUCCCUGCCCAUACGAACCCGAGAUCCAAUCAAAGCCGAGAAUCCUUACAAUCCCCCCUCUGCACCCCGUGAUCCCGAGAUUGUGGAUUUUGACAACAAAUCGGUGACGCUAAAAUGGCACAAACCCUUGGAUGAUGGAGGGCGUCCCAUCACUCAUUACAUCAUCCAGAAGAAGGACAAAUUUGGGGGCUGGUUUGAUGCCCUCGUAACAGAUAGCAAGAAUUGCGAGGCCAGGAUCGACGAGCUAGAGGCUCGUGUACCCGGAUUGAGUGAAGGAAAAUGGUAUCAAUUCCGUGUUUUGGCAGCUAAUAAGGCUGGAGAGUCCUCACCAAGUGCAGAGACAAAGCCUCAUCUCUGCCGCCAUAAGAAUCUCCGUCCAAUGAUUGACAAGGGAGCAGCCGGCUCCAAAUCCGUGAGGGUUCACCGAUCUGCCAUUUGGCACAUCAAGGUCAAAGGAGAACCUCCACCGCAAUUUUCUUGGUUUAAAGGGGGACAACGCUUGCACAAUUCGGAUGAAUACAUCAUUGCAACGGAUGAAUAUCAAGGGGGAGCCACCGCCAUGCUUCAAGUCUUCCGCUCGCAAAUGCACGAUGCCGGAACCUACACCCUGGUGGCUGAAAACCGCAACGGAUCUGAUCAAAUCGACUUGGACUUGAUUGUUCUGGAUCAGAUGGAUGAUGGGAAGUGCGAUAUGUUUAAGCAUGGUACUUUAGGAUGCACUUGUUCCGCAGGCUUCAGGCACAAUGAGUUAAGCGCUCAGCAAAUUCUGAUGGUCGAUUUUGGCGAUCCGCCGCCAAAUCUUUGAGAUUUGGUCGUUACCUUUCCUAUGAACUUGAAAUUCCACUUGGUCAAUGAUAUGAUAUUUAUGUCGCUCCCAGUAUGUGUUUCGCUCUGUGUUUCUGUCUUGUUUAGUGCUUAAGUUCCUGCUUCUUUCACUUUUGUCACUGAUCGCCAAAAACCGUCAUGGCUUUUAAAAUAUGUUGAAAUAUAAACUAUCUAGUAAAAACAAUCGACUUUUAUCAAGUGUUCACUUGAUUGUACUUAGUUGUACGAAUAAAAUGUCAGUUGUUUU